AUGGACAACAACGUUAUUAUAAAUGAAUUGAAGUUUCCAUUAGAAAAUCAAAAAGAAUAAAAUUUAAACAGGUCAACUAAUGUCUCAAUCAGCAUGCAAUAAAACCAAUAUUCUGUCAUAUUAUAUUAUUUUGAUUUUUAAUGUUUACCUUCUACUUAUGAUGAAAGUGUGUAGUUUAAUGCAGAAAACUUAGUUAAUCAUAAACCUCCAUUUAUUUUAGAAUAAAUUAAAGAAGAUAAUGAGCAGAAAUAGCUGAUCAACUCAUAGGAAAUGAAAAGAACUAAAAGAGCAUUCAAUGUUUAUAAAGGUUACUUACAGUCCAAUUGCUAAUUCAUAUAAAUAAAACAUGUAGAAAACAAAAAUAUAAAUUCUACAGACACUCAACUAAGCAUUAAAGCAAAUUAAGAUGAUUUACAAGCGAAACAAAUUGUUUAAAAUAACUAAGAGGUAAUUUUAGAUGAAAUAAACCAAUAAAAAGGCAAUUUAGUUGUUUUUUCAUAGAACUAAGUCUAAAAUAAUUAAUAAGAAAGCUCUACCUAGAAAUAGUAAGAUAAAUAUGAAGUAAAACCAUGCCAAUAAAAAGAAUAAGUAAUAAUUAAUCAUGUAGAUUAAUCAUCAGAAUAAUUUAAAGAACUCAUAUUUAAAAAUCCCUAUUAUAAUAUAAAUAAUCAAGUUGAUGAGGGAUAGAACAACUAAAAUAAUAAUGUAAAGAGGUUAGUAGUCUAUAACUAAGAGUUAAUAGAAGUAGAAUAGAGAUCAAAUAGAAAGAGCUUAAUUAUAACAACAGAUCUAGGUGGUACUCUUUGUGGUAAACCUGAAGCAACACUUGAAUUCAUGAAGUACUGGAUUAAAUACUUUUGGUUUGAUAAAUCCUGUAAAUUGAUAUAUAACUCAGGAAGAGGAAUCCACCCUUUUAAUCUCUUGAUGAAAAGAGAGAGUUUAAUUAUGCCUGAUUACUAUAUAGGUAGAUGUGGUUCAUAUAUUUAUUUGAAAGACUAUACAAAAGGUAUAUUGUAUCUAGAUAAGUAAUGGCUAAUGGAGCUAGCUAAGAUUUGGUAACCAUAAAUAAUAUUUGAAAAGAUGCAAAAGUUAUCAAGUUGGUUGAAAUUUAAAGUUAGGAAUGAUCCUGAAGUAUGGUCUCUAAGAUACAAUAGCGAAAUUAGUGUAUUUUAUGAGAGAGAGAAUGAGUUUAAAUAAAUAGAGUAAGAACUUAAUGAAAUAGGCAUAGGGUUUAAUGCAGUAAUUAGGGAAAAGUAAAAUCUGAUGCAUGUUGAAAUAGUACCUUAAAUUACUGAUAAAGGGCUGGCUCUUGAGUAUCUCCUUCAUAAAGUUUAUUACCCUUACAUAUAAAUGAGAAAUUAGAAAAUAAUAUUUAAGGAUGAUUUAACAGGUCAGCAAAGACUUCUAGAGGAGUAAAAACGCAAUAUGAGCGAGUAGCUAGAGUUCAUACAAAAUAAGGCCUAAUAAAUAAAAAGCAAAUAAUUCAAAUAUGAAGAUAUACUCAUCAAUAAGCAAGAUAAUGAUAUUGUUAUUGCUGCUUUUGGAGACACAAUGAAUGAUGAUGGAAUGCUAAAGUUAGCAAAUUUCUCUAUAUGUGUCUCGAAUAGUGAGCAAUAGCUUAUAUAAUGGGCUAAUUCACAUCAAUAAUAAACUCACCCACAGCUUUAUGUUUCUUAACACUCAAAUGGUUAUGCCCUUUUGGAAUUUGUUAAGCAAUAUAUUAACUGA